CACACAGUCACAUGAUAUGUAUCAUAUGAUAUCUUGUCCUGAUAUGUGUGAUUACUUUGAUGCAAGACCAACUCGAUAUCUAUAUUACAACAAUGUCUGAUUAGGUCCAAGGUGCGCUGGCAGGAGUGGGAGAUACACUGAUCAUUGUUGAUUUGACAAGAAGCAGCACAGAAAUAGAUAUUAGGAGGCGUAUACUGGGUAUAAUAACCACCACCACCGUCUCAACACAACCCGGAACACCCUUCACAGUAUUCUCGUGCAGCGAUGGCAGGUUCGUGGCAGCACGGUCUGUUCGGCUGUUUCGACAACUUCGGAACUUGUAUCAUCACAUACCUUGUACCCUGCUACACGUUCGGGAAGAACGCCGAGGCUGUUGGAGACAGCUGUCUCCUUUGUGGGGCGGUCUACUUUCUUCCGCCGAUUAACCUGUUCGCUUUGCUGUCCGUCAGGGGGAAGAUCAGGGAGAGGAAGGGUAUAGACGGUACUGUCAUCAACGACUGCUGCGCCAUCGUGCUGUGCCACCCUUGUGCUCUGGUCCAGGAGGCUAACGAGAUACAGUGCCCGGGGGGUCAGUUCAUGGCUAGGUCCUAGUGUGCGCUACCCAAGAGGACAUAUGCUUGUACUUGAGGCAGUCUGUGUACUUACUUUGAGAAAUGUGUAACUGAUGUGAAGAGAGAGCGCUUGAAAUGUGUAACUGGUGUCGAAUAGAUUCCUGUCACGUGACGUCGUUCAAGGCGGCAGCAGGUAACUACAGCAAGUGGAUAUCUACAAGAGUUGGAACCCCAGGGACUAUAUUUUGUUGAGGAAUAUCAAGCCAGUGAAACACUGCAAUCUGCUGUGACCAUGACAGUAUUAGUGACUGGUGCACCGUUAUUCAUGGCUUUAAGACAUUGUAACCCAUCUAUAACCCAUGAGGCAUCUGUAUAUAUACAGUGUAUAUUGUGUAUCUAUAUAUAGGUCCAUGCACUACUAGGCUAGAUGCUGGUCGUUUCCUGGUGUGGUGACGCAGUAUCUCCACCCAUCACAGCAGAUAGAUGUAAUGUUACACCAGCAUGACCCACUUGAUGUGCUCUUUGUCCCCAGACUAUGUUAUCACGAAAUGAUUCAAAUACGUAAUUCUAAUCGACGUAACAAGUUGUUUAUUUGUUUCCUCAUUUGUGAAUAAAUACUGUUAACUGACAA